GCAUCUGGUAACACUGAGCCAAUGUUUACGGCGAGGCAUCUGGUAACACUGACUGCGCGUUACUUUCAAGUUUCAACAGUAAACGGUUGGUAGUGUUGCGGCAGUGACGGAUUAACAAGAGUAUGUUGGUGACCCCUGGAACCCCACAGGUCUGUACUGGAUUAGCCAGAAAUGCAUCUGUAAAGGUGUAUGUUCGGACACGUCCAAUGCUGGGAGGAGAAGAACAUCAAGGUGCGACAAAUAUAUUGGCUGUCUCUUCCCAAUAUAAAAAGGUUGUGGUUGAGGAUGGUACUGAGAAAAAGUUCACAUUUGAUGAUGUUUUCGAAGAACAUUGUUCCCAGGAUGAAGUGUAUAUGAGGGCUGUGGAACCUUUGGUGACCAAGGUGGAGGAAAAUGAAAAUGCUACUGUAUUUGCCUAUGGUCAGACAGGAUCAGGAAAAACCUUUACCAUGGGCACAAGCCCUUGCUUUGCACAGGAGGAUGAAGGCAUUUUACAGCGAGCAAUUCACUCCCUUCUUGGUAAGGACAAGAACCCAAGUGCAACUCAAGGUGACCUCACUAAUACUGCACGGAGCCUAACAAUCUCCAUAAUGGAGGUGUAUAAUGAGACUGUGUAUGACCUCUUGGCUCCAUCUAGAAUACCACUGAAGACUAAAGCUGGACCCGGGGGAGCUGUGUCAGUGGUUGGGGUGCAGGAAGAGAUUGUGAACAGUGUUGAAGAAGGUCUUCUACUCUUGAAGAAGGGCAGCCACCUACGUAGUGUUGGAGCCACAGCAGGGAAUCAACAUUCAUCUCGUUCCCAUGCUAUUAUAUAUCUCAUAUUAAAGAAAGGUUAUCAUCAUUCGUGCUUAAAGCUGGUUGAUCUGGCUGGAGCCGAGGGUGUCGGUCGAACACAGAUGUCUGGCCGGCAGUUUACUGAGGGGGUCAACAUUAAUAAAGGUCUCCUGGCACUCAGCAAGGUUUUGGCUGCUCUCAGUAACCCUACAGCUGGUUAUGUUCCUUACAGGGAAUCAGUAUUAACAAGACUCCUCAAAGACUCUUUGGGUGGCAAUAGCCACACAGCAAUGAUUGCUUGUGUCAGCCCUGCCAACUUUAAUGUGCAUGAAACUAUCAAGACUCUACACUAUGCAGAACAAGCUAGAAAUAUCAGAACCAAGCCUCAAAUUUUGUCUACUAUUAAGAGGUUGGGCAUGAAGCGUCGCUGUGAAGAUGUGACGGCCACUCCAGAAGCUUGGAAGAGACGGAUAAUGGCCUCAGGAAAGAAACCAGAGCACAACAGCACAAUUUCCACACCGGGUCACAAGCCACCAAGUAGAGUGUUGGUUUCUUCCCUGAACAGCACCUUUAUUACUCCAUCAAGAAAAAUAAAUGAGAUGGACAAGAGUACUUUGUUGGGUGUUAGUUGUGACAUGCCACCACCCAUGUUCUCCAGCCUCAUUCAGCAGCCCGUCAUUAAUGAGUCUGUGGCUCAUCCCUCUGGCUUCAGUCCUCUCCUUGAGCGAGUGAGCUGUCUUGAGAUGUCAAUGAUGACUCAGUUGGAGAAUAUAGAAGAUCGUUUGUGUAACAAGAUUAUGGCAAAACUUGAACACAAGAAAAAGGGCACAUGUUCAAGAAAGAAGAAAAGACAUUGCAAAUCCAAGAGUUCUACACCAAACAGUGAUGUAGAGAACAAAUUAGAAGUUGACUCCUCAGAUGAUGAUAUCAUGGGCAUUCCCACAGCUGGCAGCCUUUUUGACACACACAAGAUGAAGAGUCUGCUGCAAGAUAUUGUCACCAGUGCUCUAGGAAGUGUAAUUCAUGAUACUAAACCCAUAAGAAGCAUACAGCAUACUGUCUUGCCAUCAAAUUUGCCAGUGAAAACAGCAAUCCCAGAAAUAAGUGCAAACCAAAACCCUAUGAGAGAUAUAAAAAAGAAGUCGAUUUGGACAGCUGAUGAAAGAGCUUUAGAAAACUGUAAGGAGACAACUAUGAACAUGGACUCACAACCCCUAAAGGACUUACCUGUAACAAGUACAGCAUUCGUCGACACUCGAGCUGUAAGAAAAUCCACAAGACUUUCAACAAGACAAAUCAUCCAGAAAGCACUGUUCAAGGACCUCUCACCAGAUGUUAAAUGUAGCUCUAAAUCUACUUCUAUUAUGACUGAGGAAGGGAUAAACACUUCCUUUUCCCACCAAUUUUCUUGGUUGGCUUAUGAUAAACCUACAGUUCUUCAAGAGGAAGGUUCCCCUCUGCUGAGAUCUCCUAAAUUGUCUGUUCAGCCACAGUCAAAAGAGAUAAAUAGAGAAUUUAAAGAAUCUCAUACAAAUGGUGCAAUUUACAGUGGAGACAUCACAAAAUAUGUAGAUGACAUUCAGUCCCAAACAUGCAGUGGAUUUCCAGUGAAGUUGAAUUUUACUUUGCCUUUAAACGGAGGGUUGAAACCAGAGAAAAAUAACCCAAGACGGAAAUCCACAAGGCUCUCAGCUAUUAGAGCAACUCAGCGUAAUUUUGAGAUCUUGCAAGGACAAAGCCCUUACAGUAGCGUGGUCAAGUCUCGACGGCCCUCACUUGCUUCUACAAAGAAGGAUCAAGAAUCAACAAAUGUGACCAUGUGUGUUGUGCCCACAAAUACAACUUUCUCGGCCAAUGACACAACACAGGGGAAAUGGCAGUUAAAGGUGAGCCCCAGACUACAGAAACAACACAAUGAAACCAUUCUCAAAAUCUUAAAUACUGGCAAUUUGAAGAAACUGCAGCAGCUCCCCACAGUUGGACCAAAGACUGCUAUGGUUAUACACAAUUUCAGGUCACUUUAUGGCAAAUUCACUUCAGUUGAGGACCUACAGCAUGUUCCUGCUCUACCAGAGUCUUACUGCAAGCGUUUCAUGAAGGCUAACUUGGUGCAUUGACUGCAGUUGUAAGAAGCAUCACAGCCUUCAGUUGUACCUGACAAGAUUGGACACUGUUGAAGGUCCUGAUUAUUUACAGUAUUCCAUACUUCGUCUUGAUAGUGGAAUGUCUUAUGAGUACAAGAAUUUAUUUGAUGAUACAUUUAGUAAAUUUGUAAGAGGCUUUAUGUAAAGGCUAAAAAAAAGACGCGGUGGCCUCUGCAGUUGUCAGAAAAUGGUACCAAUAAGGGCACCGGGGGGGGUAUGCUAUUUCUUUUCAUUCCUUUUUCCUCAGGAAUGGCCAAAAAUUGCACAUAAUUAGUUUUUACCUUACCUCUCCCUCAAGUUGAUGGUCAUAACUGUAAAAUGCUUGUUUUCUUUAUGGUUUGGGAAUGUUAAGACCAGAUUUGUGUAUUUCUUCCCUUUUUUUGUUUACUUGAGGUUAUCAGAAGUCUUUGUUUCAUUAAAUUGAUUCUAAAUAACCCAUCUUUGGUCUAACAGGAAUCACUUUAUGUUUCUGCUCAACGUUCAUGAAAAGCUUCUUCCGUGUUUUGUCCCAAAAGUCAUUAAAAAAUACUUUUAUGCCCUCUUCAAUUUUAUGGUUGGUUGUGGAUUAGGUUCACUUUUCUGUUCAUAGUGGUACCUUCCUGACUUCUGUAAUAUGAAUACUGUUUUUUUUUUUUUUUUU